UGAAGAUCUGGCCGGAUAAACUAUUAUUUAUUAUAUAUAGGAGCACUUAACGGCAAGUAAUAAUAUAAUGGCUAAGAAGGCAGCAGGAGAGAACUCUAAAAAGGCAUCAGGUAAUGCUAGAAAGGCUGAACAAGCCAAUAAAAAGAGACAAGAAGCUGAAGCACAGGCUGAAGCAGAAGAAGCUUCUGAAUGGGAUAAAGGUUCAAAGAAAGGUAAUAAAAAAGUUGAAGAUGCAGCAUUUAAAAAGGAAGAAGCUGCUCGUAAGAAGGCAGAAAGAGAUGCUUUAUUGGCCGCUGAAGAAGCUGCAUUACCAACUAAACCAUUACUGUCUAAACAGCGUGGAGCAGCUAAGGUUGCAGCCAAGAGAACUGGUAAAAUUGAUGAUUUCCUUGAUUUUAAUAAAGAUACUCCUGAAUUAAGUGCUAGUGGAUUAGAUGCUGCAUUAGAAGCAUUAGCUUUAACUACAAAAGAUGCAGGAAUUUCUAAUAAAGAUAUUGAUAGACAUCCAGAAAGAAGAGUUAAAGCAGCAUAUAAUGCAUAUGAAGAGAAAAGAUUACCAGAAGUAAGAAAAGAAAAUCCAGGAUUAAGAUUACAACAAAUUAAGCAUUUGAUUUUUAAAGAAUUUCAAAAAUCACCCGAAAAUCCAAUGAAUCAAGAUACAAAUAUUCAUUAUAAUGCCAGUAAUAAUGAAGUUCAUCAAAAGAAGCAAGAAGUUAAAUCAACUAGAGAAAAGAAAUUUACCUAAGGAUAUGUAUAUAAAGAACUUCAGAAUAUUAAAUUUAUUAGUUUAUAUAAUUUUUAUUAGUUAGUUAAUAUAUAAUUAGCUUAUAAGCUUAUAAAAAGAA